UCCCUCCCGCUUCCUAAAACCCCUCCCCGCCACUCCUCUCGUCCCCGUUUCCUCCUUUCUUCAUUCCCGUCCUCUCUCUUCUCUCCUCCGCAACCUGCCGACCCCUUUCUCUCCAUGCUUCUUCUGACCACCCCAAGCCUUCCUCUCUUCCAUCAUCCGAUCCCCUUGGCAGUGGCACUGGGUUCCACGGAUCAAACUUGAUCGGAGAAGAGCAUGCAGAAGCUCGUUAAGAUGGCGAGCCAUCUCUUGGUGGUAUGGCUCGUGGCCCUUUGCUUCGCCAGCCCAGCGGCCGCGAAGCUGAGCACCACCUACUACCAGAAGACGUGCCCCGAGGUGGAGCAGAUCGUGUUGGACGUGGUGACCAGCAAGCAGAUCACCACCCCCACCACCGGCGCCGGCGCGCUCCGCCUCUUCUUCCACGACUGCUUCGUCGGCGGCUGUGACGCUUCCUUGCUGGUCUCCACCAACGCCUUCAACCGCGCCGAGCGCGACGCCGACGACAACAUCUCCCUCCCCGGGGACGCCUUCGACGCCGUGGUCCGCGCUAAAACCGCCCUCGAGCUGCAGUGCCCCGGCGUCGUCUCCUGCGCCGACAUCCUCGCCAUCGCCACCCGAGACCUCGUCCUCAUGCUGGGCGGGCCCCGCUACGCUGUCCGCCUCGGCCGCAAGGACGCUUUCGCCUCCACCGCAGCUUCCGUCGCGGGCCACCUCCCCUCCCCCAACAUGACCAUGGACCAGCUCAUCUCCCUCUUCGAAAAGAACAAGUUCACCGUCCAGGAGAUGGUCGCCCUCAGCGGCGCCCACACCGUCGGCUUCGCCCACUGCAGCGAGUUCGCCUCGCGGAUCUACGGCUUCAACGGCGCCGACCGGGACGCCCACGACCCGGCACUGAACCCCCAGUUCGCGCAGGCGCUGCAGAAGGCUUGCGCCAACUACGUCGAGGACCCGACCAUCGCCGCAUUCAACGACGUGAUGACGCCGGGCAAGUUCGACAACCUGUACUACCAGAACCUGCUGCGUGGAUUGGGGCUGCUGGCCUCCGACACCGCGCUGGCGGCGGACCCGCGGACCAAGUCCUUCGUGCAGCUCUACGCCGCCAACCAGACGGCCUUCUUCGAGGACUUCAGCCACGCCAUGGAGAAGCUCAGCGUCCACGGGGUGAAGACCGGUCGCAAGGGGGAAAUCCGGCGUCGCUGCGACGUUUUCAACAACCUCUCCACCUAAAUCAAUGCGGAUUCGGAUUCGGAUUCGGGUUUAUC